AUGGAUGAAGCGUUACGCAAUAGAGACAUUGCAAGCGCAAGAGUUCAUAUUGAGAGAAUAAAUCAACGUCUAAAAACAUUUAAAAUACUUCAGUAUAAGUUUCCAUGGGCUCUUGCACAUCUCUCUUCAGAUAUUAUGAUUUUAAUUGAAGCCAUUUGUAAUAUGAGUCCUCCAAUUUUCUCAAACGACAAAUUUAAUGAUAUUUCAGUUGACCAAAUACAAUAA